GCUUCCUCACCACGGAGGACAAAAAUCCAGACGCCACUUCCUUCUUCAUUUACAUAGUUCAGAUAUCAAGUAACAGCUUACUCUCAGGAAUGAGUCAUGCUCUGUCAGUGCAGAUGGCUGUGGGCACACCCGAGGAAACGAAGUCCAGACACACAGUUGGCAGAAGUCACCCUUACCACACAAGCUCCAGAGGAAGGAGUCCAGAGACAGCAUGAUGAGCUCCGAGGCAGGUCCUGCUGUUGCUGACCCCACUCUGAGGAGAAGAAUUGAACCCCAGGAGUUUGAGGUCUUCUUCGACCAGAGGGAACUUCGGAAAGAGACUUGUCUGCUCUAUGAGAUCAACUGGGGUGGCGGAAGGAAUAGCAUCUGGAGACACACGGGCCAGAACACCAGCAAACACGUGGAAAUCAACUUCAUAGAAAAAUUCACUUCAGAGAGAUACUUUUACCCAUCCACCCGGUGCUCUGUCAUCUGGUUCCUGUCCUGGAGUCCCUGUGGGGAAUGCUCCAAAGCCAUUACAGAAUUUUUGAGCCGGCACCCCAACGUGACUUUGUUUAUUUAUGUAGCACGACUCUAUCACCACAUGGACCAGCGGAACCGGCAAGGACUCAGGGACCUCAUCAGCAGAGGUGUGACCAUCCAGAUCAUGACUGAACAAGAGUACUGUUACUGCUGGAGGAAUUUUGUCAACUAUCCACCUUCAAAUGAAGUUUACUGGCCAAGGUACCCAAAUCCGUGGAUGAGGAUGUAUGUGCUAGAACUGUACUGCAUCAUUCUAGGACUUCCACCUUGUUUAAAGAUUAUAAGAAGACACCAACACCCGCUUACGUUUUUCACACUUAAUCUCCAAAGUUGCCAUUACCAAAGGAUACCACCCCACAUCCUUUGGGCUACAGGGUUGAUAUGACCUCUGGGAGUUGGAGAUGAAUAAAAUGACUCCUUGUAUAUGUACUGUUUGGACAGCAAGCAAUGGUGACCUAUUUAAAAGUGACUGCCAUGAAGAA